GUUCAGCCUGGAGACAUGCUUCCGCAGUUGAUACUUUGGCAUGGUUACUUAACUCCGUUGGAGCAUGGCAAGCCUGGCACGCAGGCCUCAAAGUGCACACCCUGGCAAGGCCUGGAGCAGCAUGGCCAAUAUGCUGCCAGCCAGGAUCCGAAUUGUGAGUGGCGCGCAGAGUUGGUGCCAGGGCAGUGGUCUGUGUGGAAGAGGGUCACAGGGUCCCUGGGGGCCUUUGUCAGCGCUUGUAAUGUGUACUUCUGGUGCCUUGCUGCGGCGAGGAGUGCAGGUCCGCGCGAAGCGGAUCUUCGCGUUCACUGGACUGAAGGGCGGUCUGAGACCGCAAAGCCCCGCCUCGGCGGAUCUAGGCUUUCUGAUGGGCCUCCAGGGCACCGAGCAAGACCAAGUCUUGGUGGAGCCCUACCAUGCGGAUGAAGGUGCCCUACUGCUGGCAGCUGAGCAGCGGCGCACAGCGCUGGCUGCCUGGGGCUUUGGGGGUGAUGAAGGGCUGCCGGAGGUGGUGGACCUUGCAGGGGCCUGGAGACGCGAUCGCAGAGCAGAAGACUGGGAGCUUUACUGUUGGUCGCCAGAGCUGCUGCGUGAGCUGCGGCAUUCCAUGGACUUUCCAGUGGAGCUCCAUGGCAAGAAAUGGGCUGCAAGCUGUGCUGCACGGUGGCGCCAGGACUUUAGCCACGCGCUGCGCCGGGACAUUGUGGCGCUUGCGGCGGAGAAACCUGUCAUUUGCAGUGAUAUGACAGAGGCCAUGAAAGCGAUUGACUGUGCAGGCACCGAGGAUUUCGGUGCCUUCGUCAAAGCAGAGUUCGGCUGGGCGGGACAAAGCAAUCGCACCUGCCGGCCCAGCGACACGGAGGCCCAGCGAGGACACUUCGUGCGCUGGCUCUCGGCGCGUCUACGCGAGGGAACGGUGCUGGUGGAGUCGGAACGCCAGCGCAUCCUGGACUUCUCAGUACAAUUUGAUGUCACUGCUGAUCAAACCUCUAUUUUUAGCAAGAACAUUUUCCACACCAAUGAGCGUGGGCAUUUUCGGGCCACUGACCUGACUCCUGAUGCUUGGGAGACAGCCUGGGCUGCGGCCCUGCCAAUGGCUUCUGGCAAGGACGCGGUGGAACUUGCUGACUGGACUGCGGAAUCCGUGGCACAGUGCGUGGGCACGGCACUUCAAGGAGCUGGUUACGUGGGACCCUGCGGUGUGGAUGGUUUCCUCUACCGAGAUCGUGGCAGGAUACACCUACAACCGGUCAGCGAUGUGAACCCCCGGCAUACCAUGACGCGCCUGGCGGUGCAGGUGGCAAAACGCUGUCCCCAGGGAUGGCAACCGCGACAACUACGGAUGCUGCCACGGCACACGGCGGAGGAACUUCGGUCGAGUUUUGGCUGUCCACUGCCUGCAGAGCAUGCGGAGAGGUAUGGCCUCGAACCGGGGCUCUGUGCAAUAGCGCUGACUCCUUUGGGCCAUCCAAACAGCCGGCGCGGCAUCACGGCUUUGCUGACUGGAGAGUCACUCAGCACCUCAUCCUCGACCUCCACGUCCUUCACGUCCUCCACGUGGCAAAGCAGCAGUUCAGCGCUUCGAAGCUUUGCUCGGGGCGUUUUGCUGGAAGGCUCUUUGGGUGCCAAAUUGCGGCCGCCAAGCAGGGAACUGUACCGCCGUUUGCGGUCAGCUCCAGAUUUGAGCUGUGCAGAGAAGGAGAUGGACGUGGAUUGGCCACGGCGUGACAAGGAGAUCGACAUUUGCCGAGGUUUGAAGAGCGGCUACGAUCGUCUCCCAAAGAUGUCGCAGAUCUUGGCCUCCACAAAGGCCCAAAUCCAAUGCUUGCACAAGUUCGCAAAUCACGAGCUUCAGGCCAUCGAGAUGUUUGCCUGGGCUUUGCUACGUUUCCCGGACGCACCGAAGGGAUUGCGCUUGGGGCUGCUGCGGACUCUCGAGGAGGAACAGUCACACUGUCGCCUCUACUUGCAGCGUGCCCAUGCUCUGGGCGCGACACAUGGCUUGCCGCUAGGUGAGGCCCCUUUGUCAGGCUACUUGUGGCAAUGCCUUGAUGCAGUUCGUCUUGCCGAAGAGCCGCUCAUGUCGUUCCUUUGUGGAGUAGGUCUGACCUUCGAAGCGGCCAACUUGGAUCACAGCCUCCACUACCGCAACGUCUUCCGCCAGGCUGGGGAUCAAGAGACCGCUGAGGUGCUCCAGCGGGUCCAUGACGAGGCUUUGGAUUGCAUGUCUUGGAUGUGUCAGUUGAUGAUACUCCAUGUUUUCUUCCCUAACUGUUCGUUAAGGGAUGUGGCUGGUAGGCUGGUAGGCUGAUACUGAGAAGCCAAACAGGGUAGGUGAUACUCCAAUCUCCAGUUCGCUUGAACACCUCUGCCCGGAACCUCUAGUGAGGGUUCCUCCUUCCACGUUGCAGGAAGUCCAACAUGUGCGUUUGGCCAAUGUCUGGUUG